CAAAAGUCUUUCCGUCAUCCUUUAAAAUUUUGGUAUUCGGGUCGUGCAAAUUUUGUUAUUUUUUCAAUUAUAGUCUUAAUUAAUAUUUUAAUUUCUUGUGAGACUCACAAAAAUAAAUCAUCCGAAAUACAAAAAAAACAUUUUAUAAAAAUGUGCAGUAUAGGAGAAGAUGACUUUGGAGAUGAAGGUGGAGCUCACGCUAUGAUUAAAGAUAAUGAAAUGGAUACGUCAUGCGAAGUUGACCAGGUUGAGAAAAUUGUAUGCAAAAAAUGCAACCAAAAUUUAGCUGCUGUAAAAAUACAAUUUAGAGAUGCAGAAUGUCAAAAUUGUUUUUUGAUGAAUGUUCGGCAUAAAUUUAGAGCUACAUUGGGAUCAUCAAAAUUAAUACCAAAAGAUUCGGAAAUAUUAAUACUCUUUGAUGGAAGUAAUGCUUCAAUUGUCUUAGCUGAUAUGUUACACUAUGCUCAAACACAAAAUAAUUUUAAAAAAUUGCAUUGUUCAACUAAAUUACUUUAUAUUGAUGAAGAUUUCGGUCAUAAUUUGGAUUUGAAAGAAAUUGAAAAUUUUUUAAGAAAAUAUAAUUUUGAAUCAUAUAUAGUUUCGUUAGGUGGCAAUGGUGAUCCAGUAAAUUUUAAGGAAAUUUUGAAUUAUAUUCAAAAUCCACAGAGGAAAUCAGAAGAAGAAAAUUUUCAAACUGAAUUCGGAAAUAUAAAAACAUUGACAUCUCAACAAGAUUAUUUAGAAAGACGACGUAAAGUUAUAUUAAAAAAGGCAGCUGAUUUUCUUGACAUAAAAUUUAUUUUCUUACCGGAUACAACUUCAGACUUGGCAGUAACUUUACUUACAGAUGUUUCUUUAGGUCGUGGUGCUUCAAUGGCCGAUGAUGUUUCUCUUUGUGAUAACCGAUACGAAAAUGUUAAAUUUGUAAGACCGAUAAAAGAUUUACUUCCUCAAGAGAUUGAAUGUUAUUUAAAAUUUUGUAACCUGAAUCACACAGAACUUUCUGAACAUAUUCCAUAUGGAUCAAAUUUAGAAUCAGACGCUAUAUCAACUAUUUUCCGUGUUGGUGAAAAGAUUGCUGUCAAUAAGAAGAACCAAGAUGUUAAUUUGGAGAGUACAUUAGAAAAAUUAAAUAUAUCAUCUACUAAGUGUAUGUUCUGCAAUGCUAAUUUAGAUUUUUUUGAUUCUAAUACUUUGCUGGCGAUAGAAUUUUCGAGGCUUGCUUCGGAAAAUACUGACUCUGAAAACUUAGAUAAUUUAGACAGCUUAGAGAAAAGAGCGUGGGAGAGUUUGUACGGAGAAAGCACUAAUGACAAAAUAUUAAAAAAUCUUUGUCAUGGUUGCCGAAAUUUAUAUCGUGAUUGCGGAAACUAUUUAUAUAUGUAGUAGAAAAACAAACGAUUUGUAAAAAUUUUUUUUAUUUGUAAUAUAUACCUUUAAAUUUUGUAA